AUGAACUCGCCGCGUGUUCCCCUUUCCCCAAAACACAGCAAUUCUGCCUCGUCGUCGCCCUCAAAGUCCAAGGUGGACUCGCCUUUUGUCAACCACGUCAGGCUCUUGCAUAGACUGUCGUUUCAGCUGUCUCCUAGUGAAUCCCGUCAUGCUUCCCCAGGGUCUCCAACCAGGUCCAUGUCUCCAACCAGAUCUACGAGAUCACCAGCCAGAUCGCCCAGCAAAAGUUUGCUGGCUGGCCGCUCCGGACCCGGCUUUAUCAUCUUUGAAGACCCCAAAACCUACCGCGGAGCCAAGCCCGAUUUGGCGGUGAGCGGCCGCGAAAAUAGACCUCUGGACCAGGUGUCGGGGUCCAUAAAUACCGAGUUUGUGGACCAGGAAAACGCAUUACAGCCCAAGCUGGUGGUGAUUCCUCAACGAAAGUUGCACAAUCGAAAGCCAUUGGCACCAUUGAGCACUAACGAGUUCACUGGACACAUUUCUUUUGAUGGAGUUAUCAACGAAAAACUAACUCAAUUAUGGCACCCACCAAACUGUGACAAUGGUCAUCGUUCUGUUCAUAAAAAGCUUGCAUUGCCAUCAUUCAUCACUCCUCCCCGCAAGCAGGCCACCACCAAGUUGCGCCAAACCUACGCCGACCCGGGUACCGAUGCCCUUGUAUCAAAGUACCUCUACCGAAGUAAUAUGCACGAUUUGGAUCCGGAACUCGAUAUGGAAAUGCGGCUCAUUUCAAAAAACAACCGCAUCCGCAAACGGCGCCUGAUGUCGGUGGGCCGCAGCGAGGCACGAGCACCAUUGAUUUCAAGACCGCAGUUCAAGAUUGCAUCAUAA